AGAUUUGCAAAUCGAGGCUACGCUAUGUAUUUGAAACAAAAGUCUAAGGCGGAUGAGGUGUGUGCAGGACCCUGUAAUGGGACCCGCACAGUUCCUGACCGGUUUCCGUGUCCCCACGGCCGCUCCCCGGCCGGCGAGUUGCAAAGAGCCCCUGCACGCCCACGUUGGACCCCAUUUUAGCCCUUUUAAAGACAACUGUGAAGGCACAAGCCGCCGGCAGGACCCGCAGACCCCUGCGAGCACUCCCCGGCAGCAUCUCACCGCCCGCCUCCCUGCCCCGACGGGGCGUGUGCGGCCCGCAGAGCCGGCAGCGGCAGGGCCGCGGGCCGCGGGCACACUGCCUGCAGCCACGAACUCUCCGCAGCGCCCCAGGUGCCGGCAGCGCUGAAAGGCGAAGGGGCCCACGGCUGGCCCUGGCUCUCCGCCGCCGUCGGGGGCGGGGAGCGCAGCGGAGAAGCGAAAGUGAAGGGAAGCCAGCGCUCGGCGGGGCAGCCCCGGGGCUGCGGGGGGCGCAGCGCCGCUGCCGGCGGGGACAGCCGCGGCCGUGAGCGCGGAUGCGCCCCGCGGGUCCCCGCUCCCGGGCCGCGACUCCAGGGCGCUGCCGCACAGCUGCCCAUGCCCCGGGCAGGGCAGCAGCCGGCGAUGCAGUGCUGCAUGCCCGGCGUGGCUUUCGUGCCCGCUUUGCUCGUCAGCUGGUCCUCGGCCGCCUUCAUCAUCUCCUAUGUGAUCGCCGUGCUGGCGGGGCACGUCGAGCCCCUCGUCCCCUACAUCAGCGACACUGGAACUAAACCUCCAGAGAGCGGUGUCUUUGGUUUUAUGAUUAACAUUUCAGCACUUCUAGCUGCGAUUACAAUGUACAUCAGAUAUUUAUUAAUAGAGAAGCAAAAUGAAUCAUCACAUUUUGUUAGGUCUUCAUGCAAUAUGUUUACAUUAUGUGUGGGAUUGAUGGGCUGCACUGGAAUGGGCAUAGUUGCAACUUUUCAGGAGCUGGCUGUUCCCAGUGUCCAUGACAUAGGAGCUUUUUUGGCAUUUGGCUCGGGUGUUGUAUACAUCACUCUUCAGUCUAUAGUCUCUUACAAGUCCUGCCCACGAUGGAACACUUACUUUGUGUGUCACAUCAGGAUGGCCAUAUCUGUCAUAUCAUGCAUUGCCUUCAUUACCAUGAUUGUGUUUGCUUCAAAAAUUUCCAUGACAAAAAUUGAUUGGACUCCAGGUGAAAAGGAUUAUACUUACCAUUUUAUGAGUGCAAUCUGUGAAUGGACAGUGGCCUUUGGUUUCAUCUUCUUCUUUUUAACAUUCAUUAGAGAUUUUCAGAGAUUUUCUUUAAGGAUAUCAACAGAAAUACAUGAAGACUCCUGAUAGUGAAAAAACAAUAUUUUAUAUCUAUGAAUAUUCUAGGUUUCUUUUUACUUAUAGAAAAAGUGGCAGAGGGACAGGGAUUGAUAAAGUUUUAUUAAGAACCCAUGCCAUUAACUCUGCACCAGCAACCACUAAAAGAUUUUAAAAACUCAGAGCAAGGUUCUUCCUGCCUUUUUGCAAUAUUUUGUAAAUUUUAUAUGGCUUGGUAUAUUAAAAAUGCUGUAACAAAAGCAAUAUCUAGAAGCACAUGAAAAUCACUCCAGGACUUGAUCUCCUCAGCUCUUCCAUUUUGGACAUAUCUGUAAUUUUUAAUUUGCUGUAGUGUGAUUAGUAGCAUUAGUUUUAAACUUGAGAAAGUUCAUUUUGCAAAGAUGGAGGUGUAAAGGCAAUGGAAAUCACUAGGACUGAAUUUCUACUCUGUUAAGAUUCAAGGGCUGGAAAAGAUUGUGAGAUCAGGAGUGGGCAUCUUUGUUUGAAGAAAUUUGAAGUUAGUAGAUUGCAACACUAUGCUACAUAUUUCUGAUACUGGGCACUGUAAUGCAAAUACAAAUCCUAAGAGAAAUUUAAACUAUAUUGCUUGCAAAAUGUUUUGUAAUCAUAACUGCAAUACAUGUUGUAAAAUUUCACCCCUUUUUCCAUUUUAUGCACUGAUGGCCACAGGAAAGAUAAAACGGAAGUGGGAAUAGAAAGUAAAUUUACAUUUAAGCAUGGUGUACUAAAGAGAAAACUUGUUACAAUUAGGUUAAUAUAAAGCAAAAUUUUACAGCCUGUUUUAAUCUACAAUGGAGUGAAGAAGGUCUGAAAAAGAAUCUUUCGAAAUGAAUGGAAAAUAAGAAGAGGCACCAGAGUUUUCAGGUGCUUAGAAACAAAUGUAUGAGUAUUAGAUACAUACAACUGAAUUAAAAAACAAACCUGGAGAGCAUCUGUAAUGAAGAUAUUUGCUGCUAUAGGGUUACUUAUGUAAUGAAAGACUUGGAAAGGAACUAAUUGAGAUGUCAGAUGUUACAAGUAUCUGCAGGCAAAAGGUUCUUUCAUGAACUGAUUCACCACCUCCAUUCAGCACGUUAACGACUUGGUUGUCAAUUAUAUUCUCUGAAAAUUACAUUUUUCACACUCUGUCACAGUUUAUGCAGAAAGAUUGUUGAUUUUCUGUUGCUAAUGUCCACUAACUAAUGUGUGUUUUGGAGAGUGAUGGCUUAAGAUUAGUCAUCUGUUGAUAUUUCUUUUAUUGGGUAUUUUAAACUGUAUUAAAUUCAGCUGUUUCACAACUUAAAGGGUUGAUGUUUUCUUUAUAAGUUCUUCCAGAUAAAAACAGUAAAAGUGUUUUUCACUGGCAGAUUUGCUUUCCAUAGUAUUCAGGUUAUCUUGCAGAGGUUCAUAGCUACAACCAAAUUCAAAAUCAAAUCUAGUACUGACUAAAGGAAGGACCUUAUGUCUUGCUGAUUUGGUAUCAUGUAAGAGACACACAUUCCUUCAAGUGAAGAUCAUAAGGAAAAUGUGUUUCAACCACAAAAAGUGACAUCAUGUUAUUUUCAAGGCUCUGUUAAGAAAAGACCAUAUUUCCUAGUGCUUUGUGUAUUAUUCUUUUAUUGCUUUUUAUUCUUAGCUUUCAUAAACUAAAGUAUAAAAAGCUUGAAGUUGUUAUUUCAAAUGAUAGCCAACCUUUACAGUACUUACAGUAUCCUAAAGGGAAGAAAAGAAUUUUCAGAGAAAGUGGCUGAAUCAAGAUCACCUUGUUCCCUGAAAUCAAGAGGUAAAUUCAAGUACUGAAUGAAAUCCUUUCCAUUUUUUCUGAGCUUUAUUGUAAUACAUUUUGUGUUAUAUUCAUGACUAAAAGAAUGCAGCAAUUGUGCACCUUUUAUUAAAUCUGUUAGAGUUAAGACCUUAACUUGCAUUGACUUGCAGAUAGAGGCAAUGGAUUAUUACUUUUUUUAUUUGUGCAGUGAACAACUAUUGUAAACACUGAUUAUUCUCUGGCUCCAAGCAGAUUUUCAGUCAACAACUUAACUAUUUUUUUCAGUUGAAAUGUGAGUUGACAAGUUGCAAGCAAUUACCAAAAUAAUAUUCUAGCAAGGUAUAAUUUAUCUGUGGCUGACUCUUGUUAAGUACUGCACUAAUUUUUUACAGGCAAGUGAUCUCUAGAGGUUAACACAGAUAAUGUCACAGCACAUUUCUGUUGCUUUGCUCCUUUUUCUAUAUUUUUAUAUUUCUUAGCAACAAGAAAUAGCUAUUUUUUGUUGGAAGCUAUGCUAGAAAUAUUUUCAUCAUCUACUCUGCAUGAUGUUCUCUAUUUGUCAGCCCAUCAGGAGUGAUUGAGAAAUUCCUUUUGCAUAAACUACAGUAAAUCACAUGAUAGUUGCUGUUAUUUUUAGUGGUUAUGCUAAAUCAUUCUACUGCUUCCAAAAGUGCAAAAGCUCAUUUUUCUUGGUUGUGCAGCUUAAUCUGCUGAUGAAACACCACUGUUGUGGUCUCUGUCACAGUUCCAGAUCGUGUCAGGAUGAAACUCUAUCAACUCAAAAUACCUAAACCCCUCUUUGUCCUAGGACACUGUUACUUUCUCUGCUUUGCCUUCCAAUGUGCACAAAGCCAGUGAUGACCUUAUCAUUGGCUUUUCUCAUAAGUCACUCUAAACUUUCUGGUCUGCUCAGUUUGCAUGCUACCUUACCUGUGACAGCAUCAUAUGUUUGACAGUAGUACAAUAAUCUUGAUAGCAAGGCAUUCAUUUCUUGCUCUUAAUACAGGUAGCAAAACUUCCAAGCAGAUUAGAGGGAUUAUGGCAACAUGUCAGUGAAUUUUGGACAUUCCAGCAUGAAGUUCUUAAAGAUGUUCAAGAACUUGCUAUUUGAAACUCCUCUGUAAAUACAGUCUUAGUCUCAAUGUUGACCACAUUUCACAACCCUUCAGCCUUCAGAACAUCAGUUUGAAGACUGCAGAGGAUUUGGGGUUGGUUCCCAGUGGUUUACAAUGUCCACUGGAAAUAUUAUCUCUGGAAGAGGCUGGAAAAGCUGUUCUCUUCCAAUAAACAGUGAAAAGUAACAUGUUGCAUGUAUUUUAGGAAGGGUUAAUGUUUGUUUCCUUGGAAGAUGAGGUAAUGUCCAUUUAUUUGGGAGAAAUGUGGGGAAGUAGCAAUGGGCUUAAAUUUAUAAGUUCUCUGUAGCUUUGACUAAAAACUGUCAGAGCUGGGUCUGUCUUUCCCUGCAUUUCUGUGUGUGGCAGUGCCUGUAUGGUCACACGUGCAGACACAGACAGUACAGGCAUGACGAGGACGGGCAGUGGUCAGAGUCCUCCAUGUUGCUGCAAUACACAGAAAUAAAAAUAGAUGCUGUGCUUUAUAAACAACUGCAGUGAUUUAAUGGGCUUUGGCUAUAUUUUGAAUUGGUAAUGUAAUUCAAAAAGAGCAUUUCUUUCAUUUCAAGGAGAAAAUAGCCAAGUCCUACAUGUGGUGUCUGUAUUUUUCCCUGUACACAAUAGAUGGCACUAGCAGACCACAUGAUUUGAGUUUAUUUCCCACGUUCAGGCAAGCAAGUUCAGUAGUUUAGUAGGUAUCUUUAGCUGAUUUUAAUAGUUGUCUGGAGGCCCAGUUAAAUGGGUUUUGCAUUGUGCCUUUGUGGAAAACAAAUCAGAUCUAAGUUUCUUUGCCAUCCCUUCCAGUCUUCGUCUAAGUAAAUGUUUUGCUACUGCAAUGUGUAGUCUCAUAGCAACUUCAAUUUCACAUUAGUUAUUCUAAGUGAAAGGAGCCAUUUGCUGCAGUUAUCAGUGGCACAAGCUGACAUCCAGCUCUCACUUCUACACUGCUUCUCUUGGGAAGUUUUUCCUACCUGUCACAAAGAAGGAACACUUCACUCGGUUGCUUCAGUACAGUUCUGUCAGUUUGCAGUAGAGCUUUAGAAAACAAUAUAGACCUUGUUUUCAUGAGGCAACAAUAUGGAAAGAAUAAGAUUUUAGCAUUUCAAAAGUGCAGCCAGUCUGCACCCAGAAAAAGUGACAUUCCUGGUUGUAAAAAAAAUUCAUAGGUAGCUGCUGUAUCUAUUUAAAAAUGCACUUUGUAUGUAAAAUGUAUUUUUUCGGUUAUUUCCUUGUCUGACAAAACAGUUGGCCUUGUCUUCUAUGAAGCAUAGCAAUAAUGCAGGCUUUUGAACAUUAUCUUGCCUGGAAUGAUACAAGUUUAGCGUUCACAGUCUUAAAUAAAUUAUGCUGAGUAGCAUGGAUAUUUCUCUAGAAACUCUCACCAAAUGUUUUAUGGAUUUAAAAAAAAUAAAUACAGAAAGUGCUCUGACAACA